CUUUGGAUUUAUCUAUUCGGACAGCUUGAUGCCAUGUCUUUUAGGGCAUCACAGUUAGAUCUUGAGCCGAUACUUGCCGGACUGAACAAUGCCCAACGACUAGCUGUGACGAACCCGUCGUCUGUGGUACAGAUACUUGCCCCACCUGGUUCCGGUAAAACUAGAACACUAACCUCUCGCGCCGCAUGGCUACUAUGUCCUCCGCAGUCGCUGGACCCCCGAAAUGUCAUUGUGGCUACUUUCACCGUUAAAGCUGCCCGGGAGAUGAAGGAGCGGAUAUCGAAGCUCGUUGGGAACGGAGUGGAAGGUCGGCUGGUGCUGGGCACUUUCCAUUGUAUAGCUAGGAAGUACUUGGUAAAGUAUAGGCAUCUGGUAGACAUCAAGCCGGGGUGGGGAAUUGCGGAUUCCAGUGAUAGUUUGGGAAUUAGGAUAAUCAAACGGAGGAAAUCGCCAUUGGAUCCAAGCCAGGUUAGAUCUCGGAUAUCCUAUUUCAAAGCCCGAAAUAGCUCUCCGGUGGCAGAUGCCCUACCACCUCCUUCAACCGCAGGGACACAAUCUGCGCAGGCUAGAGUUAGGGACAUUCCUACUGAGGAUUUCGCUCAGAUUUUCGAGGACUACGAGGCGGCUUUGGGGGCGUCAAACUUACUCGACUAUGACGACCUGUUGCUUCGGUGUCUUGAGCUGCUUAGGCAUAACCUGGAAUGCGUUAGCAACGUAGAAGCAGUUCUUAUCGACGAGUUUCAGGAUACGAAUUUGGUCCAGUUUGAAUUAAUGAAGCUGCUUGCCUGGAAGCGUGAACGGAUUACAAUUGUUGGAGAUCCGGACCAGAGCAUAUAUGGGUUCCGAGCUGCAGAAAUCCGUAACCUGUCGAGGAUGGUUAGGGCUUAUCCACAGACACUUGUGGUUCACCUUGAGCAGAAUUAUAGGAGCUCUGCUAGUAUUUUGCUUGCUGCAUUGGAGGUGAUUGAGCAGGAUCAUGAUCGUCCGAAGAAACCCCUUACCCCCUCGCAUUCGGUGGGAACUAGGCCGGUCUUGAGAAGGAUUCCCAGCGCUUUUUUGGAAGCAAGUUGGAUAGUCUCAGAGAUUCAGAGGGUUCGAGCUAUGACUGGGGGUAUGGUGGAGCUUGGUGAUAUAGCUAUCCUCGUGCGGUCCGCGAAUUUAACGAGAAAUAUAGAGACGAGCUUUGUGAAAGCUGGAGUGGCAUACAAGAUGGUAGGAGGGUUGAGGUUUUACGAUCGCGUGGAGAUUAAAACUCUUCUAGACUAUCUGAGAAUAGUACAGAAUCCGGGUAAUAAUGAUGCGCUGACUAGGAUUGUUAAUACCCCUUCGAGGAAGGUUGGGGAUACAACGAUUAAAGCAUUACUUGAUGAGGCGGACAAACGAGCCAAGAGCGUGUGGGAAAUUAUCAGAACGGGGCUCGGUGGCAUCUGGAAAGAUGUGAGGAUCGCCAAAGCUGCCGAGAAGGGUCUGGGUGACUUUAUGGGUAUUAUCCUGUCCACCCAGAAGCAGCUUGAAGGGGAUGAACAAGGGAAAGGUCUGGUGGAUGUUGUGGAAUUCUUGAUGAGGAGAAUAGGCUAUGAAGACUACCUCAGAAGGAGCUAUCCCGAAGAUUUCGAUGCAAAGUGGUCUAACGUUAGCGAGCUCCUUUCACAAGCACAGGAGGUGGAGAGGUUGGAUGACGACGAGGAUACGCUUCCAGACAUUGAUGGGUUGCCGCAAAGUCAGGUUGAGCAGAGCAGGUUGCAGUUGGUGCUGGACCGCUUCUUGUCUAAUACGGCGCUGGCGAACGAGGUUAAGGGGGAUGAUGAGACGGUUAAGCAGGGACAGGUUACAAUUAGUACCAUUCAUGCUUCUAAAGGGUUGGAAUGGCCAAUAGUUUUUAUCCCGGCAGUCUACCAGGGCAGCAUUCCGCAUUCGAGGGCAGAUGAUACAGAUGAAGAGAGAAGAUUGCUCUAUGUUGCAAUGACUAGGGCACAGGCGCUUUUGUAUAUGUCAUGUGCUGUGAGGAAUUCUCAAGGAGACAAGACGAAACUCUCGCAAUUCCUCACGCAUCGCUCUUUAUAUCCUCUUCUUGACAGCCGUGGACCUACACUCGGGUUCUCUUCCGUCCAAUCUGUUAGCGGAAUUCUUGGCCGAGAGUGCCCUUCGGAGGUUCAUAUCCAAAUAGCUGUUGAUAAGAGUGGGGUUGCGUCCACCUUGGAUGACCAAUUUCCUGAUAGGGAUCCCUUAGAGUCUGAUAGUGAGGGUGACGACCUUGGUGAGGAUGGGGCACGGUUGAAGAGGAGGAGGUUACAGAGUGAGCAAGCUUCUUGCAAAAAAACAAAUAAACCUUUAGACGAAGGAUUCAGACCAGUUGUUUCUCGGGAGUGGCCUGCGGGGAGGAUGGAAAAACAACCACCUGGGGCAGUGGUAGGGUUUAGAAGUGCGGGUAGCCACAUGCAGGAGCUCAAGGAGACUCGGUUAAAUCAGGAGGCGGAUAGGGCUCGAGUUGAGAAGGAAGAACAAAGGCGGGGUCCCACGAUGGCCGAACCACCAAACAGAAGCGGUAACUUGAUCGAGGGAACUCCGGCUACCGCAGUGCGAUCGAAUAGCAGGCCGGCAGAUCAAGGGAGUCUGCACAGGUAUUUCGGGCAAAGGAUGCCAGAACCGGUGAGAAAGGUUGUUCCGCCUAAAGCACACACUGCGACGGAGGUCAUAAGGGACAAAUCUAUAAGGGAUAAGAGUCUUAAGGAACAAAUUGAAGCGCUACCUCAGCCCAAAUUCCCCGUCCGACCUGACCAUCACAGUGAUGUCAUGUUAUUGAGUUCUUCGCCUGCGCGUGCGCCGCCCAAGAGAAGGCGAGAGAAAGAAGAAAUCCCCUCCUCACCACCGGCGUUUUCCGUGCCGUUUUCUAGAUACUUAGAGUCAGCGGUAGCGGAGAGGUGCGUUGAGAUUGAAGAGACUACCAUCGCUGGAGCGUCGGCUGCAGUUAUACAUAACGCAGCAGGCUCAAGGAAUACAACUACGGUGACAAAUCCCAAUGCUGUAGCGAUGGCCGCGACAGCGACCACGGCCCCGAAGAGAAGAACUUUGGGCGUUCGACGGAGUAUGGGUGAUGGAUGGAGAAAUAGGGCGAGUGCUAACCGAUGAAAGGAAUUUGGGGGAUUGGUUUGUUUUUUUGUAUUUUUAUAUUCUGGCGUAAAUAAAUGGAAGGAGGAUUUAUUUGGAAGUGACAAAUAGCUGGGGCUUUGAAUACUAGAUGGGUUGUGCGUUGGUUGUUACGUACAUGGGAAG